AUGCCGUCCAUGGCGUUGCGCCUCCUGUUCGCCGGCCUUGCGGUAGCCAAUGCUGCUGACGUUUGGGGACUGCGCGGCUCCGCGCCGCGAGCUCCGGCGCCAGCACCGCCUGCGCCGAGCGACACCGAGGACGGUUCGGAUAUCGUGGCGGGUGCCCAGGACGCCGCGAAGGCGGCCCAGAUCCAGGCUCAGCAGGCGCAGCAGGAGAUGGCCCUGGCGAAGAAGAUCGCACAGGAGGAGAAGGAAGCGAAGCAGGCGCAGCAGGCCGCCGCUUCUGCCGUGAACAAGGCCAAGAAGGACGAGGAAGAGAUCCGACAAAGGGAGUCUGCUCUUGCCGCCGAGAAGCAGAGAGCAGAUGAGAAGAUGCAGCAGGCCCAGAAGCUCGAAACGGCAGAGGAAGCCAAAGACCAGGCCGUGCAGAAUGCCAAGGCCAUCGCCGACAGCGAGAUGGCCAAAGUGCAGUCGGAGGAAGCCUCAUUGCAGAAGGAAGAGCAGCGAGUUCAAAGUGAGAAAGCGCAGGCCAACAAAGCUGCGGCCCAAGCUGGCUGA